AUGCCGCGUUUUCCAUGUCUGCCAGUGCCACAACAACCCAUUCGGUCCAAGUUCGGGUCAUUAGAUCAUACCUUUGUUGAGAGAAAGUGGAUAUCACUGUACAGUUACUGGUACGAGACCAGCCUUGUACCACAGGCCAUGUCCAAGUUUUGA